AUAAAUACGUUUUCGCAAAUAAACAAGAAUAUUUGACGGAGACUAAUUGAAAGAAAGAUCCCACAAAAUGGAACGUAAUAAUGGACGCUACCCAUAUAUACGCCGCCAAGGCAGUGGGCACAACAAUUAUCACCAUCACCACAACAACAAUGCAAAUUCCACAUCAUCGACAGCAGGAUCAACAAAUGCAACACAAUAUUCCAAUCAUAGCAUUAACAACUCUCCAUCCGUGGGCAUGAGUACGGGGGCACACAACAGUAAUGCAAUAUAUGCAGCGGCGGUACCGCCAUCACAAAAUGUGCCCAUUUCCCAGCAUGACGAAUUGAUUCGGUACAUAAGGGAGGCCUGGAACAAGGUUUAUGAGCAGGGCACACCUGUUUACCGCAACGAAUCUGAUAAUCAAUUGAAAAAUUUCAAGCCAUUUAAUUUGGAGGAGUAUUGGGGACAGCGUCUGGUCCAGAAUAUACACGUGACGACGACAAAUGCCAGCGGACAUCAGUAG